CAUCGAUCUUUUAACACAAUUUUUGCCGUCAAUGGCUUUUGUUCAGCACGAACUUGCCCUUGACUCCUUCCCAUCUCAACUCACUGACUAUUGUUUUGUGGAGCCUCACUAGCAAGUCGUGUCAGGUCUCUGAUCGCCAGUGCAUGGUGCCACAGGCCAGGACGGCUUCCUUGUAAAAGCUCUUGAUGCACCAUCCGAGGAUGUCGUGCGCUCUUCGAUCGACUCUGCGCCUCAGCAGCGGCGCGGGCGCCGCAUCAUCGAUAGUACGGUCUCCUCAGUCAUGCCUCAUUGGCACCUCUCUCUCCCCCAGGCAUACCUUUGUCAAACUCAAUCGGCGUGAUCCCAACCACGUCCAACACGCUCGAAGUCUAGCCAGCGAAGCUCGCUCUCCUGUCGCUCCUACAUCAGGUGGUCAUCCCUCGCACAAAGUAGUAAUCGUAGGCGGAGGCUCAGCUGGUCAGACGAUCCUACAUCAACUCUGGCGCACUGGUCUCUUCGCUCAGGGCGACCUUGCUCUUCUCGACGGUUCUGCUUGGCACCACUACCAACCUGGAUGGACAUUGGUUGGUGCAGGUCUCAAGACCAAAGAGGAACUGAGGCGUCCUCUGCCUGAGCUCUUGGACGACACAGGAGCGACAAGGUACGCCAGGAAUGUAGUGGAGUUUAAACCUAGUCAGAAUAGGGUCGUAUUGGAGGAUGGCAUCGAGGUCGCGUACGAGAACCUGGUCGUAUGCCCGGGUGUGGAUUGCAAGUGGGAGAAAGUCAGAGGUCUGCGCGAAGCGCUAGAAGAAAAGAGCGGGAGGGUGGUUUCAAACUACAGCUUUGAAUCUGUUUCCAACGUCUUCCCAGCUAUCCAAUCCUUGCGAAGCGGUAACGCUAUAUUCACGCAGCCACUCGGGGUGGUCAAAUGUCCUGGUGCUCCUCAGAAGGCAAUGUGGCUUGCAGAAGACUACUGGCGCAAGGCUGGUCUCAGAUCCGACACGGGCACCUCUGCUAUCAAAGUGUCUUUUGCGACCGGCAAUCCGGUCAUAUUUGCUGUCCCAAAGUACGCUGCAGCGCUCAACGAGAUUCGAGAGUCACGCAACAUCGAGAUGCUGGCGCAACACAAUCUUCUAGAAGUGCACUCCAGCAACAAGGCUAGCUUUAGCGUGCCAUCCAAGGAAGGCGAGCCUCCGAGAUCAGUCACGCUCGAUUUCGACUUGCUGCACGCCACCCCUCCGCAAGGACCGUUGGAUGUAGUUGCCAAGUCGCCCUUGGCAGACCAGGCCGGCUUCGUCGAGGUGGAUGCAGCUACUACCAGGCAUACGCGCUUCCCAAACAUCUGGAGCGCAGGUGAUGCAAGCAGCUUGCCCACUUCCAAGACUGCUGCGGCAAUCACUGCCCAAGCUCCUGUGCUCGUUGCUAAUCUUGUCGGCGCCAUGAAGGGGGGCGAUGCCGCUUUGGCAACGUACGACGGCUACACGAGCUGCCCUUUGUUGACGGAGUACGGCAAGGUGAUGCUUGCGGAGUUCAAGUACGGGGGUCAAAUCAAAGAGACGUUCGGCAAUUUGUUUGGCAUAGACCAGGCAGAGCCUCGCAGGGCCUUCUACCACCUCAAGAAAGACUUUUUCCCUGCCGUCUACUAUGGGUCCAUGGUUCGAGGUACUUGGGCUGGCCCUAAAGGCUGGACAUUUUCCAGUCCGCACGGGGCAAGUGCCAGAACCACGCGAUCAUUGUCGACCUUUACCGGGCGACCGAGCGCAGCGCAGCAGUGCGAAGCCACUGUUUCGCGCGGCUUUGCGACGAGCUCAGCCAGGGCAAGAGACAUGCCUGCCCGUCGACCUCGGGACCCUCUGGCGAACAACCCUCACGCCAAGAGGCACCCUCUCAAAUCGGGCGAAACCUUCAUCGUUAGACCGCCUCCAACGCUUUCUUCGCCCGAGUCUGUCAUUUCGGACGACAGCACGAACGAAGGACCUUGGUUGCCUUCCGCAUCCGGGUCCAACGCUGCGCCUUCACACCUCCCACCAGCUUUACCUCCUCGUACGCGCUCUGCACAGGCAGCGCGAUCGGCCGAGUCCAAGUCGCUCACGGCAGAUGAAAUCAGCCUGAUCCGGCAAUUGAGAGCGGAAGAUCCGAUCAAGUGGACGGGCAACCAGCUGGCAAAGAGGUUCGGGUGCUCUCCCACUUUUAUCAGGAUCAUCGCUCCGGCUCCCAAAGAGGUCAGGCAGGUGAGAAAGGAACACGAGGAGGCGCGAAAGGAAAAUUGGGGGAUGAACAAGAGGUUGUCGGUUGAGGGCAGGAAAGCUAGAAGGGAGCUUUGGUGAGAAAGGGUGUUCGUAGACGCCAAUAAAUGCUUGCAAUGAGUACGUGAAUCUCGU